ACCAUUUAUCUUCACCCUGAAAACAACAUCAAUCACCAUCACCCCCUUUCGCGAUCAUAUUCUUAUUCUCUUACUUUGUAUCUAGAAUUUCAUACACAAUGGCCACCGCUCAGGUUGUAUCAGCAACAACUGCAUUCCAUGAUGAGAAAAUUGAGGAACAACAACCAAUCAAGAAACCACAAGAAGAUCAGGAGAUCAAGAACAGCAGCACGGAUGAUCAAGAAACCAAGCCACAGCCACAAGAGGAGGAGCUGCAGCUCUCAAAGGAACCAGAAGCUGACAGCACUGCUGCACCUAAAGAAGAGAUUGCAGCAGCUCCAGAAGCUGAUCCCGAACCAGAACAAGAAGCCCAGCCCGAACCAGAACCCGAAGUAGUCCUUGCAGCUGAAGUUGAAACCAAAGUGGUUCUGAAAUUAGAAGAAGCUUCGGAGGAGGAAGUUAAGGAAGAUAGCCUUGCAAAGGUGGCACCAGAGCCAUGUGUUGAGGAAGAGGCUAAAGAAUCCGAAACCGGGCCAACUGAUCAGGUUACAAAACCCGAACCCGAACCUGAAGCAGAGCCAGAAGAGAAGGCUGCUGAGAAGAAAGAAGAAGGUGAUGAUGCAACUGAGGAUGAUCAGUAGAUUGAUGUAUUCAAGUAUUGGGGCAUGAAGUUGUUAAAGUUAUUGUAUGGUUUAAUGUUUUUAGUUUGAAUUUUUAUUAAAAGUUUGUGAAAUUCCACCUAGGAUCAAGUUAUGGUUAGCCUUGGCCACGUGGCAAGCAUGUGCUGGAUGGAAACUAGGAUGUUAAUUUGUUUUGUCAAAGUAAAAAAUGUCACUGGCUAAGGUUAGCUGGCAUAAUAAAAGAUUUGGUGUUCUGGUGGGGUUAGUUUAAUUAUCAAUAUUAAAGUUAUAAUUAAGAAUAAA